UGAAAUCUUGUUGAUGCAAAGUCCGUUCAGACAAUAGUCUGGCAAUCUGUUGCCGCGAUUUGUUCUGGUGUCGCAGUCGUUGGGACUGGACAACAAUUUCAGAAGUGCCUGAGAGAGGGGUUUGCGCGCGUCCCCCGGUUCAACGUUUGCUAGAUACCACAUAUCACUCUGACUCCAUAACACGCUUUGAACCCCCAUAACAUACAGUUGUGCCGUAUCUCUAAAAAAUGGCCGACGAGGAUUUCGAGAUUGACGUCUAUGGCGACGCCAAUGCCGAUGCUGAUUCCAAGGCUGAGGAUUUGAAUACCCAAGCCUACGACAGCAAUACGAGUAUCACAAUCGCCAAUGGUUCCAAUCCUCCAGAAUCCGUCAAUAAUGAUACCAGUGCCAGCCACCAUGGCAGCUAUGAUGCCCACGAUCGGAAUACUAUGGACAGCCAAGACGACCAUGGCGCUCCGGCUCGGCAGUACCAGCAAGGUGUCAAGCGGAAGGGGGAAUCUGACGAUAGGCCAAUCGACCCGGGUGCUACAAAUUGUCUCUUACUAUCGGAUCUGAACUGGUGGACAACGGAUGAUGAUAUUCGUGGCUGGGUUGCGCAUGCUUCGUGCGAAGAUGAGUUGAAGGACAUUACAUUUAGCGAACACAAAGUAAACGGCAAGAGCAAAGGGCAAGCUUAUCUCGAAUUCUCGUCCCAGCAAGCCGCUACUGCGGCGAAACAUCAGAUCGAAUCCUCAGGCACCGAGGGAGCACAGCCCGGAGGGAAAAAGCAUAAUGUAAUAUAUGCUAGCCCAACCACCAACCCGUUCCGCACAUUACCAAAGGACGCCCCAGCGCGAGGCAAAGAUAACUCAGUUUCACGAGGCGGUGCCAGUGGUAGCUAUAAUGACCGUGGCGGUGGUAAUUUCCGAGGUCGUGGUAAUUUCAACGGUCCUCGUGGUGGUUUCAACCGAAACUUUGGAGGGGGUAACAUGGGCGGUGGUGGCGGCGGCGGAGGCGGCUUCCACAAUAAUAACAAUAUGGGUGGAGGAGGAGGUGGUGGCUUUGGAAACAACAUGGGCGCCGGAGGCAACUUCGGCUUCGGCGGCAUGCGAGGAGGCAUGCGCGGUGGACGAGGUGGUGGUGGUGGUAUGGGUCCCGGCAUGAACCCAGGUGUCGGCGCGGGCAUGAACAACGGCAUGAAUAAUGGCAUGAUGGGCGGCAUGGGAAGCAUGGGCAUGCCCAUGAUGAACUUUCAACAGCCUCAUUUCAACCCGGCCUUCUUUGGGGCCAACCAGCAGACGGAUUGGCAGAAUCCUCACGGCGCUAAACGACCUCGAGGCGAGUAGUGGUCACCUGUCACUGAAUACGCCUGACGACG